AUCACUUUCCUUUAUCGUGGUACUGAGCUGAACUCUCGCACAUCACGUAGACUUCUGAGAAUAUUUCUCUUUCACACCACAGACGAGAUCAUUCGUGUUAUUUGACCAUUUUUCCAGAUGGAGGUCUUCAUGAUGCGGUACACAUGGACAGCUCUCUGUGUCAUCAUGGUAACGAUGUCAGGUUCAGUGAAAUCUGAGGAGGCUUCAGUGAGGUUUGAGCUCAUCCUGGACAUCACCAACCGCAUCUACAACGACUCGCUACUCAAGCCUGACUCUGCUGAUUACAAGCUCUUGUUCUCACAAGUUAACACAACGCUCUACUCCAUCUACGGCUGUACUUCUUGUAGCACACACUCAUUUUAUCGCAAUGUAUCAGAGAUGACCUUCAGUAAUGAAAAUGGAAGCGUGCUCGUAAAGGCCACACUCGUGUUCUGGACAAUGAAGGACAAUGCUGAUAUGAUCAAAGACUUGUUUAUGAGUGCGACUGCUGUUAAUAAUGAAAAAAACAGCCUUAAAUUCGACAGCAAAUUCACACAGGUUUUACAGCUAUCAAACCCUGAAUCACCUGCUACCAGCACUUCCCAUCCAAACAAGAAUACAACCACUCAUGCUACAGUUCAUCCUACAGUUCAUCCUACAGUUCAUCCUACAGUUCAUCCUACAGUUCAUCCCACAGUUCAUCCCACAACUAAACAUCACAAUGCCGCCUGGUCCUUUAAUCAAACUCCCAUUACUCUGACUUCAUUCUGCCUGCUUUUCCUCGUUAACUAUUCUUUUUAAUUUUGUAAACCUGCCACUAGGGGCGCCAUAACAUACAUACAAUCACUUCUUUAGUCUCUAAUAAAUUCAUCUGUAAUCUAUAAUAUAAUAAAUAAAUCUGACGUAUUAUGUUUCACCUAUGUGGGGUUUGCUCGGGGUUCUGUAGUUUCCUCCCAGCUGUGUGUGUGUGUGUGUGUGUGUGUGUGUGUGUGUGUGUGUGUCAGUCCCAGUCUUCUUGGGAUUGACUCUGAACAAGAAAGAUAAUUGAAUGAAUAAAUGAAUAAAUUAAGAAAUGGAUAGAUGAAUACUUUAAUUUUUCUGUAUGCUGUAUGCUUCUGUAUGCCGAACCUGUCAUGUUACAAUUACUGUAUUAUCACAUCACUGGGCCUCUGAUUGUUCAGAAGGAGUUGAGUUCAUUUUCUAUAACAGCAUGUCUGAUGGACUUUCGGUGGGUAGAUGUGUGUGGUGUUUCCUUAGGUUUCUUCACACCUAGUGUUCCUGAAAUAGACUUCAAAUCCAACGACGAGCAAAAUCCAUUUACUCCUGAAGAUGAACGACAGACUUUCUGACUGUCUGAACGACUGACUGAAUGAAAUCCAAAAUAAACCUUGAAAAACCCA